UGCUGAUACCCCCCCUGACUGGACCACCAUUUUCUGUAAUUUCUACUGGCUGUGAGCUGCAUUAGAAGGAUCCUAGGAGACCAUCAACCCACGCAAUGGAGGCAGUGACCCUGGAGGAUGUAGCUGUAAACUUCACCAUGGAGGAAUGGGCUCUGCUGAAUCCAUCCCAAAAGAAGCUCUACAGAGAUGUGAUGUGGGAAACAUUUAUGAAUAUGACUGCUAUAGGAAAGACCUGGGGUAACCAGCAAUUUGAAGAAGAAUACAAAUAUUACUCCAGAAAUCUAAGAAGUAAAGAGGUAGUGAAAUUCUGUCAGAAUCAAGCUUGGAAUCAACUUGGAAACACCUUCCUUUGGACUUCAGAUGAGAAUGUGGAGAUGCAACAGGCUGCUGCAAGGCCAGAUGAAAACCGUGAUUUUAGAAAGCCUCUGAUUGGGCAUUUAUCACUGAACAUGUCCAUUUUACCUCACACUGGGCUGAAGCCAUGUGAGUAUGUGGGAUUUGAUGAAAAGCUGAGUAAUUGUAAUGAACAUGGAAAAAACUGCAGUGAUUUCCAGUCCUUCCAGAAACAUUCAAGAACAAAUUCUGGAGAGAACUCCUAUCAAUAUGAGCAAUGUGGGACAACCUACUGUGAACUCAAGGAAAGAACUCAACCUGGAAUGGAAACCUUUACAUGCAAGAACAGAGUAAAAGGCUCUAGCACUCCCAGUAGUAUUAAAAUCCAUGAAAUUAUUCACACUGGUAAGAAACCCUAUGUGUGUGAGCAAUGUGGAACAAUGUUUACUGAUAAGUCUAUAUUUCUUAGACAUAAACUAACCCAUACUGGUAAAAAUGCCUAUAUAUGUAAGCAAUGUGGGAAAGUAUUCACUACACUGAAUUAUUGUAAAAUACAUGAAAGAAGUCACACUGGUGAGAAACCGUAUAUAUGUGAGAAAUGUGGGAAAGCAUUCACUACACUGAGUUAUUAUAAAGUACAUGAAAGAAUUCACACUGGAGAGAAACCCUAUGUAUGUAAGCAGUGUGGAAAAGCAUUCACUAAAUUGAGUAAUCAUAAAAAACAUGAAAGAAGUCAUAGUGGUGAGAAACCCUAUGCAUGUAAGCAAUGUGGGAAAGCAUUCACUACGCUGAGUUAUUGUAAAAUACAUGAAAGAAGUCACACUGGGGAGAAACCAUAUGUGUGUGAGAAAUGUGGAAAAGCAUUCACUACACUGAGUUAUUGUAAAAUCCAUAAAAGAAUUCACACUGGUGAGAAACCCUAUGCAUGUAAGCAAUGUGGAAAACGAUUUACUGAUAGGUCUACAUUUUACAGACAUAAACAAAUACACACAGCUGAGAAACCCUAUAUAUGUAAACACUGUGGGAAAACAUUUACUAGACUGAGUUAUUGUAAAAUACAUGAAAGAAAUCACACCGGGGAUAAACCAUAUGAAUGUGAGAAAUGUGGAAAAGCAUUCACUACACGGAAUUAUUAUAAAAUACAUGAAAGAAUUCACACUGGGGAGAAACCCUAUGUAUGUAAGCAUUGUAGGAAAGCAUUCAUUAAACUGAGUAAUCAUAAAAAACAUGAAAGAAUUCACAAUAGUCAGAAAGCAUAUAUAUGUGAGAAAUGUGGAAAAAGAUUUGUGGAUAAGUCUGUAUUUUAUACACAUAAACGAACCCACAUGGGUGAGAAAGCCUAUAUGUGUAAGCAAUGUGGGAAAGCAUUCACUACAGUGAGUAAUUGUAAAAAACAUGAAAGAAGUCACAAUGGGGAGAAGCCCUAUGUAUGUAAGCAAUGUGGGAAGGCAUUCACUACACUGAGUUAUUGCAAAAUACAUGAAAGAAUUCACACUGGCGACAAUCCAUAUAUAUGUGAGAAAUGUGGAAAAGGAUUUGUUGAUAAAUCUGCAUUUUGUAGACAUAAACAAACCCACAUGGGUGAGAAAGCCUAUGUAUGUAAGCAAUGUGGGAAAGCAUUCACUACACUGAGUUCUUGUAAAAUACAUGAAAGAAAUCACACUGGUGAGAAACCAUAUGUAUGUGAGAAAUGUGGAAAAGCAUUCAAUACACUGAGUUAUUGUAAAAUACAUGAAAGAAUUCACACUGCUGAGAAACCCUAUGUAUGUGAACAAUGUGGAAAAGGAUUUGCUGAUAUGUCUGUAUUAUGUAGGCAUAAACGAACCCACACAGGUGAGAAAGGAUAUAUAUGUGAGAUAUGUGGAAAAGCAUUCACUACACUGAGUUAUUGUAAAAUUCAUAAAAGAAGUCACACUGGGGAGAAACCCUAUGUGUGUAAACAAUGUGGAAAAGGAUUUGCUGAUAAGUCUGUGUUACGUAGACAUAAACGAACACACACAGGUGAGAAAGCCUAUAUAUGUACGCAGUGUGGAAAAGCAUUCACUACACUGAGUUAUUGUAAAAUACAUGAAAGAAACCACACUGGUGAGAAACUGUAUGUAAGAAAUACGAAAAAACAUUCACUACACUGAGUUAUAAAAUACAUGAAAGAAGUCACGUGGGGAAGAAACUAUGUAUGUAAGCAAAGUGGAAAAGGAUUUGCUGAUAAGUCUGUAUUUCACAGACAUAAAUGCACACGUGAAAAAGCCUGUUUGUAUAAACAACGUAGAAAAGAAUUCACUACACUGAGUUAUUGUCAAAGACAUGAACCACACAGGUGAGUGACUCUAUGCAAGUAACUAUGUGGAAAAGGAUUUGAUAGUGAAUCCUCAUGCAUAGGUCUCCCUGAUUUGGAACUGUAUGAAUAUAAACAAUGUGGGGAAAAUACUCAAUGGGCAGCUUGUAUUAACUACAUGAAAAAGUCACACUGAGCAGAAACCCUGUAUAUUUAAACCUAUUUUGAAAAUCCUGCGAAAAUUUCUCAUAUAGUAGAGACCUGUAUAAUUUUAAUGAAAAUUUUGAUAGCAAUAUUCCCUCAUAAAUUUUCCAGUAAAUGCACUCCCAGAUGGAUCCUAGAAUGUAUUCCUUCAGGGUUAUUUAGUAAAUCCCUUGUAAGUAUUUGAGUUAUGUAUCUGUAGUCUAUAGUAUAAAAAAAUUGUCCUAUAUUUUUUUAUAAGCCAUUGUCUUUAAAUUUAAUAUAUGCUAUCUUCUAAUUAAACAAGGUGAAUUAAAAUAUAUUUCUCACUUCCAAAUAGGGUUACUAUUUAUGUAGUUUUAAUUUUGUUUUUAAUAUGGGAAGAUAUAGGCUACUAAAA